GAUCACUCAUGUGGACAACCCAACGGUGCAAGAGCUCCAUCUCCUGCUAAUAAUCCACUACUAGGAUCCUUGCCAAAGGCUGGAGGGUUUCCUCCUCUUGGUGCACAUGGGCCUUUUCAACCUACUCCAGCACCUGUGCCAACACCCCUGGCUGGUUGGAUGUCAAAUCCUACCACUGUAGCACAUGCUGCAGUUUCUGGAGGAGCCACUAUAGGUCUUGGUACUGCUAUAGGUCUUGGUGCACCAUCAAUCCCUGCUGCUUUGAAGCACCCUAGGACCCCUCCGACUAAUCCUUCUGUUGACUACCCAUCUGGAGAUUCAGAUCAUGUCUCUAAGAGAACAAGACCAAUGGGAAUGUCGGAUGAGGUAAAUCUUCCUGUCAAUGUGUUGUCAGCCACGUUCCCAGGUCAUGGUCAUGGCCAGGCUUUUAAUGCACCAUAUGACUUGCCAAAGACUAUUAUGCGGACUCUUAACCAAGAUUCAUCUCCUAUGAGCAUGGACUUCUAUCCAGUUCAACAGACUAUACUUCUUGUUGGUACAAAUGUUGGGGACAUUGCUUUGUGGGAAGUGGGUUCUAGGGAGCGGUUGGUCUUGAGGAAUUUCAAAGUUUGGGAUCUUAGUGCCUGUUCAAUGCCAUUUCAGGCUGCUCUUGUCAAAGAUCCAGGUGUUUCUGUCAACCGUGUGAUUUGGAGUCCAGAUGGUGCUUUAUUCGGAGUUGCUUACUCAAGGCACAUUGUUCAGAUAUACUCUUAUCAUGGUGGCGAUGAAGUACGGCAGCACCUGGAGAUUGAUGCUCAUGUUGGUGGAGUAAAUGACUUAGCAUUUUCCCAUCCAAAUAAACAACUAUGUGUGAUAACUUGUGGUGAUGAUAAGACCAUUAAGGUUGGUUUUUGUCAAAGCAUGGACUUGGUUUUCUGAAGUGGAGAUGACAAC